UCUACCGGUCAUGUCCCUGUCCAUGGUGCUGAAUCAGGAUCAGCGUAUCCCCUUGGACUACCGGAGGAAUUUGCGUUUGUGACAGUUUUACGAAUGAACGGCAGUACCGUAACCAAGAACUGGAAUAUUUGGCAAAUGCAAGAUUUGAACGGCGAAGAGCAGCUUGCCGUUAGACUGAACGGAGAAUCGCUGUCUCUUGAAUUUACCUUCACAACAUUGAAUAAAACACGAGAGACGGCCGUUUUCCCUUUCCUACCGUUCCUCUUCAACUCUCAAUGGCACAAUAUCUUACUGAAAGUCAGCAAGCGUUCUGUAACUCUGUUCGUGGAUUGUAUUAUGGUGGAUUCUCAGAACACAUCCCAGAGAGGUAUAGUCAACCUGGAUGGAUACACGUUGAUUGGAAAGCUGAAGGAUAACCCCGUUUUAGCAGUGCCAUUUGAGCUCCAGUCGAUGCACAUUCAUUGUGAUGUGGGGCGACCACAGACCUGCAAUGACCUAUCAGCCAGGACGUCGGUUGAUGAAGCAGAACUUCAGAGGGCCUCAGGCCCCGUCGGCCCUCCAGGACCCGCAGGUGUCCCAGGAAUUGAUGGUGUCGCUGGUGAGAGGGGAGACGACGGAGAGGAUGGCCCUGCUGGUCCUGAUGGAGAUGCAGGUAAACUAGGCUCAGCCGGGUUGCCAGGCGAGCCCGGGGAUGAUGGUUUGACUGGCCCUACUGGAGAUGAAGGCCCUGAUGGUCCCCUUGGACAGAAAGGGGAACCCGGGAAACCAGGACCUCGUGGACUAGCUGGCGUUGGAGACGAUGGACCCCCUGGACCCCCGGGGCCAGGAGGACUUCCAGGUGAUUUGGGAAAAGGUGGACCCCAUGGUGCUAUGGGAGUGAGAGGACCAACAGGACCUGGUGGAUCAGCAGGGCCCAGAGGUGCAGCAGGGAUGCAGAAUUUGAGUGCCGAGCUGUGCCCUGGUGCCUGUCCACCUGGAACACCUGGUCAUCCCGGCCUCCCUGGCAUGAAGGGUCACAAAGGAGUCAAAGGGGAAGGAGGAGAGCCUGGGAAACAAGGGCACAAGGGUGAAGAGGGUGACCAGGGAACCACAGGGGACCUCGGAUCCCAGGGCCCAACGGGUCCUCAGGGAAUCAGAGGCUCCACUGGAAUGAUGGGGCCCAAAGGUGGACUUGGAGCACGAGGACAUGAUGGAGAUCCAGGUCCCCAGGGUGUUGAAGGAGCCACUGGUGACCAAGGCCAGAGGGGCGUGAUGGGCGAGUCUGGUCCUAAAGGUGAUGAGGGAUCUCAAGGUGGAAGAGGAAUUACAGGUCUUCCUGGGCCCAAGGGAAAUGGUGGUUUGUCAGGAGUGGAUGGCCGUGAAGGUAUUCCUGGAAUGCCAGGUGGAAAGGGCACCAUUGGCAAGGCUGGGUCUCCCGGGGAGGUGGGGCUUCAGGGCCUUCCUGGAUUACCCGGUUCUCCUGGCUCUAAAGGAACUGGUGGAGAGAAGGGUAGCUCUGGAGACGCAGGUCUUCUUGGAACAAUGGGAUCUGCUGGUAAAACAGGAGAGCAAGGCAAAGUGGGAGGUCUAGGACCCAUUGGACCCAUUGGCGGACCAGGAGACAGAGGAGAACAAGGACCAGGCGGUCCACCGGGUAAACCAGGAGCCAGGGGACCUAAAGGGGAUCUUGGUCUUUCUGGUGUUCCCGGACCCCCAGGCCUCCCCGGAGUGAAGGGAGAGAGGGGAGAAGCUGGCGAGGGAGGACCGAAAGGGGAGCAGGGGGGACAAGGUUCUGAGGGAACCUCUGGAGACAAAGGAGAUGUUGGUGACCAAGGGGAAUCUGGACCCAAAGGAGUGGUUGGAAACCCAGGAGAGCCUGGUAACAGAGGGCCAGAGGGUAGCAGAGGGCAGCCUGGCAUCGAGGGCCCAGCUGGUACUCCUGGACCACGUGGCAUGCAGGGCAACAGGGGCGUACCAGGAAUCAGGGGGUCACAGGGACCGGCGGGUAAAGAACCAAGCGAUCAACACAUCAGACAAGUCUGCAUGAGAGUUAUGCAAGAGCAGCUAGCCCAGUUGGCUGCCAGUCUAAGGAGGCCGGAGUCUGGAGCAGCGGGCCUGCCUGGUAAGCCAGGGCCUCCUGGUCCUGCCGGACCCCCAGGGGACAGUGGCUUCCCUGGGCAGGCUGGAGCAAGAGGACUGCCUGGCCUCAAAGGACCUCCAGGACUCCGGGGACUCAAAGGACCCAAAGGUGAAAUGGGCGACAGAGGAGACCGAGGUCCCACGGUGCGAGGGGCCAAGGGCCAGCCAGGACCUCCCGGUCUACCAGGUGAGCCCGGAAAGCCUGGUUACGGCCAGGAGGGACGUGACGGCGAGAGAGGACCUCCAGGUGUUCCUGGCCAGGCUGGUGUACCUGGGCCUCCUGGUAACGCUGGCCCCAACGGCUACUGCGACCCAUCGUCCUGCAACCUCAGACCAGGGGACAUUGACACCAGCAUCAAGGGCCCGGAGGGAACUAGAAACUAGAGCCACCACCCAGUGGAGGCUGGUGUCACUUUAAAUCUGAGGACUGGAUGUAAUGGUUGUAAUGGAUGUAAUGGUUGUAAUGGAAUGAAUGGAACAGUUUCAAACACCUUGGAUUCGGUUCCAUUUAUUCCAUUACAACCUUCACUAUGACCCAUCCUCCCUUCACCAGCUUCCACUGCCCAACACCCAGAGAGGGGUAGAGACAGAGACAGAGACUAAGAUGGCAGAUGGACAGCUCUCCCACCCCAACCCUGGGAGCACACAACAUUCUCACAGCCUCUCUACUCUGAAGGCUGUUGCUGUAAAGUGGUCCAUUCUAAGGUAUCUGCAGUGUUUUGUGAGAGUGUUCUGUGCUAGCCAGAUCUCUUUCAGAUAUGAAGGAGUCUUCCACUUCCACAAAUGCAAAACAAAAUUAAGUAUUUUGUUGCAAAACAAUAAUAAUCCUGAACCUGUUUGGAUGUGUAACAGUUUUUUACAUGACAGAUUUUCUUAUUUUCUUUUGUUGUUUUCAGAAAAGGGUGCUCUAUUUUAAGAUAUUAAUGUUUUGAAGACAAUAUAUAUAUAUAUUUUUCAACUGUCCCUGUAAACCUAGAUGUCCUUAAUAACCACCAGACAUGCUACCUGUCCUUAUUAACCACCAGACAAACACCUGUCCUUAACAACCACCAGACAUGCACCUGUCCUUAACAACCACCAGACAAAGACCUGUCCUUAUUAACCACCAGACAAACACCUGUCCUUAUUAACCACCAGACAAACACCUGUCCUUAUUAACCACCAGACAAACACCUGUCCUUAUUAACCACCAGACAAACACCUGUCCUUAUUAACCACCAGACAAACACCUGUCCUUAUUAACCACCAGACAAACACCUGUCCUUAUUAACCACCAGACAAACACCUGUCCUUAUUAACCACCAGACAAACACCUGUCCUAAUUAACCACCAGACAAACACCUGUCCUUAUUACCCACCAGCCAAACCACCUGUCCUUAUUAACCACCAGAUAAACACCUGUCCUUAUUAACCACCAGACAAACACCUGUCCUUAUUAACCACCAGACAAACACCUGUCCUUAUUAACCACCAGACAAACACCUGUCCUUAUUAACCAUCUGGCUGUAUGUUCCCUUUCCUCCUUUCCUCACACUGAAACAGCUGUAUACUGUAGCCUACAUGUUGAUUUCAGCAGCGGCUCCAUCCACAUCAACAUCAGCUAAUUCCUCCCCAAUAAAGUAAAAUCAUAAAGCAAUACCAGGAUUGCCUUUAGCCCAAAGUGUAUUUUUUUGUAUUUCUAAUGUACUGCAUCAUGUUUUGUAUUGAAGUAUCAUAUACCAAAGAUAGACCUGGUGAAAACAGUGAUAUCAGUUUGUACAGAAAACACCUGGUGUAUUUCCAGCACCCUGCUUUCCUUCCAGAAAUCUAAAUAGAGAGAAAGAAGAUAGGACUGACACCAAACCACACUGACUGACUGACCUUCCAUAUAUGCUGUACAUCUCUGUAAAUUGUUUUCAAUUGUGGUUAAUUAUAUUUACUACAAAAAUAACUAUCCUGAUGAUUGAAUAUGAGGUUUGUUCUCAUUGUACAGUGUGAGGAGGAUUCUGAGAGAUUAUUAUUUUGAAUAUAAAUGGAAUAUUCCCUUCACAGUAUUCUGUUCACUGUUGAGUACUAUGUCAGCCAUAUAAAUGAAGUCACUAGAAUGGCAAUUCCAAUGCGAUUCUAUUUCUAUGUGAAUUCCUCACAGGGUUUGGAGAGAUGGAGAAAAGGAAGUCAGUUGUUUCUAUUUUAUUAUAUGAUGAUGAUGACGAUACUAUUUGAGGGUGACAUCACAGUUUGUACAAAUAUCUAGGAGGAGGAUCUAGAAAUGUCAAAUAAAUUCUCAAAUGUAUUUUUUUCUGUGACUUUGUUCACUCCUAAUAAAGCAAUGCCGCUGUCAGUUUUAAAAUGUA